GAACGGGAGGUGGGCGAGGCCUGAGGGGAUGGGGCGGGCGUGGCCGUUUCGGGCGGGGGCGUGGCCCUACCGGGGAGGGGCGGGCGCCUGCCGCCAGGGGGCGCCGCGGGGCAGCGGGGUUGCACCAGGCGCUCGGCGCCCGCACCUCUGCCCGCCUCCGAGACCCCGCAGCCCCGCGCCGCCGCCUGGACCCGGCCCCAGCCCCGGCCCCGGCCCCUCCGCGGGAUUCCGGCCCCUUCUCGAGCGCCGCCACGGGCCGCCAUGGCCUCUCUGGGGGACCUGGUGCGCGCCUGGCACCUGGGCGCGCAGGCUAUGGAUCGCGGGGACUGGGCCCGCGCCUUGCACCUCUUCUCGGGCAUCCCGGCGCCGCCAGCCAGGUUGUGCUUCAACGUGGGCUGCGUGCACCUGCUGGCCGGGGACGCCGAGGCCGCGCUGCGGGCAUUUGACCAAGCCGUGACCAAGGACACCUGUAUGGCGGUUGGCUUCUUCCAGCGAGGAGUGGCCAACUUCCAGCUGGCAAGGUUCCAGGAGGCUCUGUCUGACUUCUGGCUGGCCCUGGCGCAGCUGAGGGGCCACGCUGCCAUCAACUACACGCAGCUGGGCCUGCGGUUCAAGCUGCAAGCCUGGGAGGUGCUGUACAAUGUGGCGUCGGCACAGUGCCAGCUGGGGCUCUGGACAGAGGCGGCCGGCAGCCUAAGGGAGGCCAUGUCCAAGUGGCCGGAGGGGUCCCUAAAUGGCCUGGACUCGGCCCUGGACCAAGUGCAGAGACGACGCUCACUGCCGCCACGGCAGGUCCCCAGGGGCGAGGUCUUCCGGCCCCACCGGUGGCACCUGGAGCACCUGGAACCCAUGGAUUUCCUGGGCAAGGCCAAGGUGGUGGCCUCUGCCAACCCCGACGACCAGGGCUGGGGCGUCCGCUCUCAUCAGCCACAGGGACCAGAAGCGAACCAUGAUGCCAGGUCCCUGAUCAUGGACUCCCCAAGAGCUGGCACCCACCAGGGCCCCCUCGAUGCAGAGACCGAGGUCGGUGCUGACCACGGCACGUCGACUGCCUACCAGGAGCAGAGACCCCAGGUGGAGCAAGUUGGCAAACAGGCUCCUCUCUCCCCAGGGCUGCCGGCAAUGGGGGGGCCUGGCCCCGGCCCCUGUGAGGACCCCACGGGUGCUGGGGGAGCAGGUGCGGGGGGUUCCGAGCCCCUGGUGACUGUCACGGUACAGUGCGCCUUCACCGUGGUCCUGAGGGCGCGAAGAGGAGCCGACCUGUCCAGCCUGCGGGCACUGCUGGGCCAAGCCCUCCCUCACCAGGCCCAGCUUGGGCAACUCAGGUGGGCCAGAAAGCCCCUGGUGGCUGCGGUGGAGCUGGGCACCGCCCCGACUGAGGCAGCUGCUGGAAGAGGGGGUGGCAGAGGUCACCGCCCUCCCUGCAGGCCCCACCCAGGAGCCCCCUCUGAGGAAUCUCUUUGCAGUUACCAAGCCCCAGGUGAGGACGGGCACUGGGUCCCCAUCCCCGAGGAGGAGUCGCUGCGGAGGGCCUGGCUGGACGCGGCUGCCUGCCCCAGGGGGCUGCAGCUGCAGUGCAGGGGAGCCGGGGGCCGGCCGGUCCUCUACCAGGUGGUGGCCCAACACGGCUACUCCGCCCAGGGGCCAGAGGACCUGGGCUUCCGACAGGGGGACAUGGUGGACGUCUUGUGUGAAGUGGACCAGGCAUGGCUGGAGGGCCACUGUGACGGUCGCAUCGGCAUCUUCCCCAAGUGCUUCGUGGUCCCCGCCAGCCCUCGGAUGUUAGGAGCCCCCGGCCACCUGCCCCGAUCCCAGCAGGGAGAUCUGCCCUAGCAAUGAUGUGUCCACGAUGCUUUUAAUAAAAACAACCCCCACUGCA